AAAAAUCAUAAACAACAAAAUAAUAUUACGUGUCAAUAUUUAAUUUCGUACGUUUCUAAUUAGACAUAUUUCGAUAACGAGAAUAUUUACUUAGAAAUAUCGAAAUAACUUCGGAAAAAAUGUUAAAAGCCGUGAUUUUGAUCGGUGGACCGCUAAAAGGGACAAGAUUUCGUCCAUUGUCUCUCGACAUACCGAAACCAUUAUUUCCAAUCGCGGGAUUGCCGAUGAUUCAGCACCACAUCGAAUCAUUGGUAAAAGUUAAAAAUUUGACGGAAAUCUUGAUAAUCGGUUCUUAUAACGCCCAAGAGCUGGUAAAUUUCGUCCAGGAGAUGAUAAAUACUUAUGGAAUAAGUAUAAGAUACUUGCAAGAAUUCACUGCCUUGGGUACUGCUGGCGGGAUGUAUCAUUUCCGGGACCAGAUCAGAGCCGGGAGUCCAGAAGGUUUUUUUAUAAUAAAUGGAGACGUUUGCGCGGAUUUUCCACUUGAAAAAAUGAUUGAUGAUUUCAAGGAAACUGGUGCCAGUCUGACGGUAUUGGCUACUGAGGCAACUAGACUACAGUCGUUAAAUUACGGCUGUCUAGUGCUGGGUAAAAAUAAUUCAAUCGUUCAUUAUGUAGAGAAACCUUCGACUUUUGUGUCGACGAUAAUUAAUUGCGGGAUUUAUUUGGCUACUGUUGAUAUUUUUCAAAUAAUGAGCGACGUUUUCUACUCGCACCAGGAUAAAUUUAUGCUCAAUAGCAAUGGAAAGGACCCAGCUCACAUAUCACUGGAGCAAGACAUUCUGACGCGGUUAGCGGGCACGGGGAAACUGUUUGCCUCGCAGACGAGUAAGUGGUGGUCGCAGGUCAAGACCGCGGGGGCAGCGAUCUAUGCGAAUAGACAUUAUUUGAAUUUGUAUAGGUCCAAAAAACCAGAGAGACUGGUCCCAGCAGUUAAUGGAGUCUGCAGUGUCCUUGGAGAUGUUUGUAUUCAUCCAACGGCAGCUGUUGACAGGACGGCGGUGUUGGGACCAAAUGUCAGUAUCGGACCGAACGCAAAAAUAUCAGCGGGAGUAAGAAUCCGUGAGUCGAUAGUACUAGAGGACGCACAAAUACAAGCACAUUCGAUGGUACUACACAGUAUUAUAGGACGAGGUAGUAUUAUAGGAGAGUGGUCACGUGUAGAAGGUACUCCCUGCGAUCCAAAUCCCAACAAACCUUUCGCUAAAAUGGAAAACCCUCCCCUGUUCAAUAUCAACGGAAAACUAAACCCCUCUGUGUCGAUUCUCGGUACGAGUGUGCACUUGGCUCCCGAAAAAAUUCUCUUGAACUCAAUUGUCUUGCCGCAUAAAGAGCUCACGAAAAAUUUCAAAAACGAAAUUAUUUUGUGAGAUAUUUUUUUUAAAAUAGAUAAUCAAAAAGACUAAACAGAGACUAAAUGGAAGAUAAAUUUAUAUAAAUAUAUAUGAUAUUUUUUUAAUGUGCAAUAAUGUAUGAUAUUUGAUAUUAAUUUGUAA